CAGUAUCUAGACGUAGUCUUGAACUUUUCCAUUUCUUUCUUUAAUGCUUAUAUUUAAAUAAAAUUUCUAUUUAGAUGCGCCGAUCAAAAUCAAAUACACUCGAUUUACCGGAAGUAAUCUAACCGGAAGUACCGGUAAUUAAGCAACUUACAGUUCCAUCGUAGUUUCCCGCCAAAAUUCGAUGCCGCCAUAUUGGCCAGACUGCUGUGUUAAGCGUAAAAGUGAUUCGAAGUUUAAAAUAAUCUAAAAGUAUUAUUUUUUUAAAUUGUGAUAGUUUUAGCAUUAGAAAGUGUUGCCAAUUAGCAUCAUGUCGCAGGAAAUGAAUAUUUUACGCUGUUAUUCAUGUAAAACAUAUCAAGUUCACAUAGUCAAGAAAGCAAAGAAAUGGCAAUGCAAAAUAUGUAAUUUCAAGCAGACAUUCAAACAGGCUUAUUUUAAAGGCUCAGGUAAAGAUUGCCGAAUUGUUGUUCAAAAGUUAAAUCUUAUGAAAGAACAUGAGAAUCAGGAAAAUGUGUCCUUUAAUAGGAACAGUAAUCAUGAUAACUAUUCCAAUGAUAAUGAUAACUAUACUGAGCAACCAAAGUCUAAUGUAAACGUUGAAAAUAAAUGGACAAAGUAUUUAGAUAAAUCAGAGGAGAUAGAAUCUAAUAUUUUCAAAGCUUCAAGUAGUAAAGAUAACAGUCAAAUAGAAACUGAUCAUCUAGAAUAUUCAGAAUAUUGUGAUAACGAUACAAUAUGUAAGUGGCCACAAAAUGAACACACAAAUAUAGAUAACGAUGUUUCUUAUGAGAAUGAUUUUAAACAAGAUUUAAUUUAUCACAAUGAGCAAGAACAUGAUAAUUUUGUAUCAGAGGAAAUAGAUAAUGUAUCAGAUAGCGAUAAUAAAAGCAAUGAUUUCCAUAGCAAAAAUGUCAAUGAAAUUAAAAGUACAAAAAACAUAUUUGAUGAUAAUGAAGAUUUUGAUAUUACUAUUGAUUUUUAAAUUCUUCAUAUUUUUCUUAUUUUAAAAAAGAAGUAAAGAAAUAUAAAAGAAAUAUGUUUAAAAUAUCUUUCCAAUAUAAUUUAUUUUUAUUGUUUAAUCCUUUUUUAUUAUUUAAAAAUUCAUUGACCUUUUUAAGUAAAUGGUAUACCAAUUGGAAUUUGGACAGUAUUUAUUUAUUUAUUUCACAUGAUUUAAAUACAUUGCUUUAACUUCAAAAUCUUGAAGAUAUUCUCAGGACACUAACUGAGAAUCUAGUACAUAACACAGACAUACAAUUGUAAAAAAAAAAAAUAAAAUGCUAAUGGAGACAAUUGUCUAGCUGUUGUAUAGUGACACAUUAUUAUAUAAUAUUUCAACUAUUUCAUAUUAUAAAAGAGCAAAUAUUGUCUAAAAAGUGUUUUGUAACUGUUGAAGCAAAUGUAUAAGUGAAUUAUUAAAUAAAUUUCACUUUUUACUUGUAUACUUAUAGCAUAUGCAUCCAUCAGCAUUCAAUUUUUUUUUUUUUUUUUAUAACAGAGAUUGUUGGGUGUAGUAAUCACAAAAUUCCCAUAUUGUUUCUAGAAAGACAAGAAAUUGUAUAGAAUAAAUGAUGCCAAAAGUUGUAUCUUUUUUUAAUUUCAUUGAAACUCAUACAGUCUUAAUAUCGUGACUUGAAUUACCUCUCUUUCCUGUCUCUACUUGAACAUCCUAAUAACGAUUGGUUAAAAUGAUUGUAAGACAUUGUGUAGCAGAGCCAAUUUGUUCUGCAAUGUCAUUGUUUGAAGGCAAUAGGAAAAAAUUAAAUGAAUGGCAGUUUUAAUAGAACGAACAUUUCACAAUGGUACCGGUGUAUAUAAAUUUUCGUAAGGAAAGGCAUAAGACUUUUGGCAGGACGACUUUUACAUUGCGUUUUGUUCUUUUCGUUGUGCGUUUCAGUUCGCAGUCACGUAGAAUUCAAGUUUGAAAUAGCUCUCUAACGCGAUAAACGAAC